AUGGCUCGUACAAAGCAGACCGCUAGAAAGGAAAAUCAAAUACCUAAUCUGGUAUAUGCAGUUAAUGCAACGAAGGAGCAUCAGAGACUGAGCAAAAAAUCAAAUCAUCCGGUGAAGGAAAUGGCUCCGAUCAGAAGUACCAAGAAUAAAAAAGAUAAGCUUGCACUGGAGGAGAUUCAGGAUAAGGAGGAGGAGGAAGGUUUUGAUAAUGAUGAGGAUGAGGAUGGAAAUGGUGGUGCUAGCGGUGAUGAAGAGGGGGAUGAGGAUGAUGGUAAUGAUGAAAAUGGUAAGGAAAGAAAUGAUGGUAGUAGUGGUGAUGAUGAUGAUGAUGAUGAUGAUGAUAAGGAGGAGGAGAUUCAGGAGGAUGCAGCGCAAACACAGCCACAGUCACAGCCACAGCCGAAGAAGAAAGUUCUAAAUGCAUCGAGUGCGCGACACAUUCCACCCACGCGUUUGCAUCUUACUCGUCUACCCGGUGGGAAAGCCAGAGGUGAACCUAAAGAUGGCGGCAAAGUUCUAUUUGGAUAUGAUAGCUCGUGGGCCCAUAUCAUCAAUGAGACAAUUUUAACGAUCUCAACUUUGCUUUUCAUAUGA